AUGUCCGGAUCCCUGUACAGAAGUCCUUCAGCCGCUGUCUAUAAAAGUCCCUCAAUGAGUGGAUUUGGUGCUGCUCCUUUCGCUAGCAUGUCUGUUGCUGAUCUUGGCAGCCUUACUCGGCUGGAGGAUAAAAUCCGCCUUUUACAAGAGGACCUCGAAUCUGAGCGUGAGCUUCGUAAUCGAAUUGAAAGGGAAAGAGCUGACCUUAGUGUUCAACUGAUUGCAUUAACAGACCGAUUAGAGGAUGCCGAAGGUACAACUGAUAGUCAGAUUGAAUCGAAUCGUAAACGUGAAGCCGAAUUACAAAAGUUGAGAAAACUUCUUGAAGAAUCUCAACUUGAAAAUGAGGAUGCUAUGAAUGUUUUGAGGAAGAAGCAUCAAGAUGCCUGUUUGGACUACACUGAGCAAAUUGAGCAACUGCAGAAGAAAAACUCAAAGAUUGAUCGUGAACGUCAACGUCUUCAACAUGAAGUUAUUGAGCUUACCGCAACCAUUGACCAACUUCAGAAGGAUAAACAUGCUGCUGAAAAAGCCGCUGAACGUUUUGAAGCACAAGCUGCAGAACUUAGUAAUAAAGUUGAAGAUCUUAACAAACACGUAAAUGAACUGGCUCAACAAAGGCAACGACUUCAAGCUGAGAACAAUGACUUGCUGAAAGAGGUUCAUGAUCAAAAAGUACAACUUGACAACCUCCAGCACGUCAAAUAUCAAUUGGCUCAACAGCUUGAAGAGGCCCGCAGACGUCUUGAAGAUGCUGAACGCGAACGAUCACAAAUUCAAGCCCAACUACACCAAGUGCAAUUGGAACUUGAUUCCGUCCGUACUGCUCUCGACGAAGAAUCUGCAGCUCGAGCUGAAGCUGAACAUAAACUCACACUAGCAAACACAGAAAUUACUCAGUGGAAGAGCAAAUUUGAUGCUGAAGUUGAAGAUUUACGAAAGAAGAUGCUACAAAAACAAGCCGAAUAUGAAGAACAGAUUGAAGUUAUGCUACAGAAGAUUUCACAGCUUGAGAAAGUUAAAUCACGUUUGCAAAGUGAAGUUGAAGUGCUUAUUGUGGACCUUGAAAAGGCCAACAACACAAUUGCUAUCUUGGAACGUGCCAAAGAACAGCUCGAAAAGACUGUCAAUGAACUUAAGACUCGAAUCGAUGAACUUACUGUUGAACUCGAAGCCGCACAACGUGAAGCUCGCGCAGCGUUAGCUGAAUUACAGAAGAUGAAACAGCUUUACGAAAAGGCUGUUGAACAGAAAGAAGCGUUGGCAAGAGAAAACAAGAAACUACAAGAAGAACUCCAUGAAGCUAAAGAAGCUCUUGCUGAUGCAAACCGUAAACUGCAUGAACUUGAUUUGGAGAAUGCACGUUUGGCUGGUGAAAUUCGUGACCUUCAAACAACCCUUAAAGAAGCUGAUGCUGCUCGUCGCGAAGCCGAAAACCGUGCUCAACGCGCCAUUGCUGAACUUCAGCAGCUUCGCGUUGAAAUGGAAAGAAGACUGCAAGAAAAGGAAGAAGAGAUGGAAGCACUCCGCAAGAAUAUGCAGUUUGAAAUUGACCGACUUACCGCUGCGUUAGCUGAUGCCGAAGCCCGUAUGAAGGCUGAAAUUGCCCGCCUUAAGAAGAAGUAUCAAGCAGAAAUCGCAGAACUUGAGAUGAACCUGGAUAAUCUGAACCGCGCCAACAUUGAGGCACAGAAAACAAUCAAGAAACAGAGUGAACAACUUAAAUAUGCAUUGUCGCAACGCAAGGUGUCGGCCCUAAGCGCUGAACUCGAGGAAUGCAAGGUUGCCCUCGACAACGCAAUCCGCGCCCGCAAACAAGCUGAAAUCGACUUGGAGGAAGCCACCAGCCGGGUUGCUGAUCUCACCUCAAUCAAUAGCAACUUGACUUCCAUCAAAAACAAGCUUGAAACCGAACUCUCUACUGCCCAAGCAGAUCUUGACGAAGUUACUAAGGAAUUACACGCUGCCGAUGAGCGUGCCAACCGUGCACUUGCUGAUGCCGCUCGCGCUGUCGAACAACUUCAUGAAGAACAGGAGCACUCGAUGAAGAUUGACGCGCUCCGAAAGUCGCUUGAAGAACAAGUCAAACAACUUCAAGUACAAAUCCAGGAAGCUGAAGCGGCCGCACUUCUUGGUGGCAAACGUGUUAUUGCUAAAUUGGAAACUCGUAUUCGUGAUUUGGAAACCGCAUUGGAUGAAGAAAGUAGACGUCAUAAGGAAACUCAAAAUGCUCUUAGGAAGAAGGAUCGCAGGAUCAAGGAAGUGCAGAUGCAAAUUGAUGAGGAACACAAGAACUACAUUAUGGCUCAGGAUACUGUUGAUAGACUAAUGGAAAAACUGAACAUUCAGAAGAGACAACUUAGUGAAGCGGUAAAGCUGUUAAUUCAGUUCUUUGUUUUCUACAUUCCGGAUGAUAGCAGUCAGGAAUCUUUGACCAUGCAAAAUCUUCAACGAGUACGUCGAUAUCAACGCGACUUGGAAGAUGCCGAAGGUCGUGCUGACCAAGCCGAAAGUUCGCUUCAACUUAUUCGCGCUAAACAUCGCUCGUCUGUUGUAGCUGGUAAAAGCGCAUCGUCGACGAAGGUUUAUGUUCUAGAAGAUGAACAGUAA